AUGAAAUUUGGCGUAGAAGUUUUUAGGACUCUUUUUGACGAAUCUUUGUCAAAAACUAUUCAACAUAUUGAAAAACUCCUCCGCGACCUAGCUGUCUCUGACCUAAGAGCAAUAUUGAUGGUAGGUGGCUUUUCAGAUUCCCCGAUGCUGCAAGAGAAGGUGAAAUUCUCAUUUCCAAAUAUCGAUGUCAUAAUACCCGCAGAAGCUUCAUAUUCUAUAUUGAGAGGUGCACUUAUCUUCGGACAUAGUCCAAAAGCUAUCUCUGAAAGAGUGCUGAAGUACACAUAUGGUGUGGAAAUGUUAACUCCUUUUAUUAAAGGCAGGCAUCCCGAAAGUAAGCGAGUAAUGAUGGAUUCUGGACCCAAAUGCAAACAUGUCUUCCAUAAGCAUGUCGAAAGAAACCAAGUUGUCAAAGUUGGAGAUGCCCAGGUCACUCAGUCCUAUCAUCCCGUGAAUUGGGACCAGACAGCAAUCAGUUUUCCUGUGUAUGCGUCUGAGUUGAAAGAUCCGCAGUACACAGAUGUCGGGUGCAAAUAUGUAGGAGAAAUGUUAGUGAACCUGCCUGAUCACGACGGGGACUUCAGUCGUGAAGUAAAGCUUUCCCUUACUUUUAGCGGGACAGAGAUUGAGGUGAUAGGCGUAGAUGAAAAAACAGGAGAGGAGACAAAAGCUUCAAUUAACUUUUUAGGAUAG